AUGUGUCUCUCACUAUCUUUUUUUUUUGUGUGUCUCUCACUCUCUUUCUCUCUUUUGUUGUGUCUCUCUUUCUCGCUUUUUGUGUGUCUCUCUCACUCUCUUUCUCUCUUUUGUUGUGUCUCUCUUUCUCGCUUUUUGUGUGUCUCUCUCCCUUUAUAUCUGUCUUCCUAUCACUCUCUAUCUCUAACUUUUCUUUCUUUUUCCUUAACUCGGCAAUGUUUUUCUACCUGUCUCUAUUUCUUCUUCUCUUUAUCUCUCUCUUUCACUUACCCUCAUCAUCAAUGCUUUAUUUUAUGGUUGCAUUUCUCUUUAGGUAUUUAUGUCUGUCUCUCUUUCUCUUUUUUUAUUUUUUUCUCUCACUCUCACUGUUUAUCUACUUGUCUCAAUCUAUCUCUUUCUUUCUUUCUUUCUUUCUUUCUUUCUUUCUUUCGUUACUCAGCAAUGUUUUUGUCAUGCCUGAAUUUCCGUUUACUUAUGUAUCUCUCUCUUUCUCUCAGAUACACUCUUUCUCUUUUUGGUUGUGUAUUUCACACUCUGAUUAUCUUCCUCUCGCUUUCUAUUUAUAUGUCUGUCUGUCUGUCUGUCUGUCUGUCUGUCUCUCUCUCUCUCUCUCUCUCUCUCUCUCACUUCCACUCACUUUCUCUACUCGGCAAUGUUUUAUUUCAUGUCUUAACUUAUUUGUGUGUGUCUCUCACUCUCUCUAUUUGUCUACCUCUCUCUCUCUUUCUCCCUCUGUGUGUGUGUGUGUCUUUUCUCGAUCUGCUCACCACUGCUCAUGUUUCAAUGAACAAAGAAUGUCGCUUUUUGAUUUAUAUCGACGACAGAAACCGUUCAAUUUCAAUUCGUCGCCAUUUUUCGUUUCACCGGAAUAACGCGAACAACAGCUUUCGACUCAACGCAUGCGCACGCGCUCUACGAGUUUUUCUCUCUUUCUCUUUCUUCCGAAACUUUUCUGUUCUUACAGAUUUAUUCUCUCGGUCACGAGAGACCAUGGAACUACACCCGAAGAGCGCAGAGAAGGAUUAUAAUGGUAGCCGAUGUCCUUCUUUUCUUUUUGCCUCUCGCUCCCUUUCUCUCUCUCUCUCUCUCUCUCUCUCUCUCUCUCUCUCUCUCUGUUAUUCUCUUUAUAUAUCUCUUGCUUAUAUACAUAUUUUUCUUAUUAUUAUUCGCUCCCUCUUUCUCUGUCUCUGGAAGUGA